GUUUUUGGAGUGUUCUCUUUUGGCUUUAUUUAAAAAAAGAUGUCCGAUGGCUGGGAUGAAAUCCAGGCGCUCAAGAGCAAACGGAACAGCCUGCGAGAGCGUCUUGAGAAACGGAAGAAGGAAAGACAAGAUAUUCUUGGAACAGCAUCAACAGGAGCUAGAGGAGUUGGAUCUACUUCUGUCGGGAGUCCUGGGGCCCAGACUGGUAGUAUUGAGGAGAAAAAGGCACUUGUACCAGUUAUAAAGAUCGACGUUGACGCCGAUCCAGAAGUUGAAAAGAGUCUCCUCCAGAUUCUGAGUGAUGCAAGCCUGAUCCUUCCUCUGAAUUCUCAGCAAUUGUCCCAGAAGAUCUCCAAAGUGACAUCAUCAGGUGGUUCAGUGACUGUCUCUCUGCACUACUACCUGCAGAAACUGGCCACUUUGAAUGCCAUUAGUGUCAAGGAUGUAAGUAUUGACACAGAAAUGGGCUAUGAAGUCAUCCAGGUGGAUCAUCCAAAGGUUCUGAAGCUGUAUCAGGAUCUCGCAGGAGACAGUGAGAUUGGGCUAAAAGCUGAUGAAGAAGUUGUGAAGCGAAAGAGGGAGGAUGAUGAUGAAGAUAGAGCAGAGAAGAUGGUAAAAACACCUGGGAGUGAGAGAAAAUCCUCCACAAGAGACUCCACUGACCUUAUGUCCCUACUUUCGAUGCCGUCGACGAGGGAGAAGCAAAAUAAACAAGUAGGCGAGGAAAUUCUGGAACUUUUGUCCAAGCCCACAGCAAAGGAGCGUUCUCUGGCUGAGAAAUUCAAGUCCCAUGGUGGAGCUCAGGUGAUGGAGUUCUGUCCACAUGGGACACGGGCUGAAUGUGUCAGAGCCCAGGAGGGAGAUUCUCCAUCCAUGGAUGAUGGUUCGAAGGAAUGCAACAAACUCCACUUCAAGAAGAUCAUCCAGGCUCACACGGAUGAGAGUCUAGGAGAUUGCAGCUUCCUCAAUACGUGCUUUCACAUGGAUUCCUGCAAAUAUGUCCACUAUGAGGUGGAUGCUUUGGAUGCUGUCCGGCCAGAUGCUGAUACUGGACGCCCUCUGACCAUUGCUAAGCGCACAAUCGAUCCAGCAGCCACAAUGUAUCCACCUCAGUGGAUCCAGUGCGAUCUCAGAUACCUGGACAUGACAGUCCUGGGAAAAUUCGCCGUGGUGAUGGCUGAUCCUCCUUGGGACAUUCACAUGGAGUUACCUUAUGGAACAAUGUCUGAUGACGAGAUGAGGCAAUUGGGAGUUCCUGCCCUUCAGGAUGAUGGACUCAUUUUCCUCUGGGUGACCGGCAGAGCCAUGGAACUGGGUAGGGAAUGCCUGAAGCUUUGGGGCUACGAGAGGGUGGAUGAACUGAUCUGGGUGAAGACCAAUCAACUGCAGAGGAUCAUCCGGACAGGACGUACAGGGCAUUGGCUGAAUCACGGCAAAGAGCACUGCCUGGUGGGCAUGAAGGGGAAUCCUACUAAUCUCAAUAGAGGUCUCGACUGUGAUGUCAUUGUAGCAGAGGUAAGAGCCACGAGUCACAAGCCAGAUGAGAUUUACGGAAUCAUCGAAAGAUUGAGUCCUGGCACGAGAAAGAUUGAACUCUUCGGUCGACCACACAAUGUCCAACCCAAUUGGAUAACACUGGGCAAUCAACUGGAUGGAAUUCGGUUGGUUGAUCCGGAAUUGGUUAGUCAAUUUGAAAAACGCUAUCCAGAUGGGAAUUGCAUGGCACCAACGACAAAAACCAUCCCAUAAUCCUCCUCUCAAAUUGCUCACCUCAUCCCACCUGCGCGCUUGAGAUUCUCCUCCUGGGUCUGCAGGAAUUCCUGCUGAAUGCCAAUUACACUCCCAGGACGCAGAAUUCUGAGCCAAGCUACUGCUUCCAAGGCAGUGAAAUCGGUGUACUUUAUCAGGAAAGCUGCUAUGAGGGUACCUGUACGCCCGAGUCCAGCAUAGCAAUGGACAGCUACAAUUCCAGAUUUCUCAGCAAUCUCCAGGAACUUUUCCAUCAGCUGAACACUUGGAGCUGUGCAGUCCUCGUAGAACAAAUCGUAGUGAGCGAUGCCAGCUCUUAGAAAUCUGCAAAAAAUAUCUCAUUUUGAUAAGUAUACAGAAAUUUGCGAAAACGGGACAAAGAUCGAGGGGUUAAUAACUUGAGUAUUUUAUAAAUUUUCACUUUAAUGCAUAGGAAAUUAGUAAGUAAUGAAAUGUAGAAAUUGAUAAUAAUUCAAAUAAAAAUUAAACAAUGAUAAA